UUCCGGGUUACUUCCCAAAGACGGUGAUGACUUCACAUCUAAGAGAUAUGUUCAAAAUGACAAAUAUCAUCAUUGACAUAAAACUGGUUGUGUACGCGAAUGUAAGACGUUUUAAAUAGAUUGUGAGUUUGACUUUAUUUGUCAGGUUUAGCCAUCGGUGGCUUAGAAGUUAGCGCCGCCUCUCUUCCAGCCACAACUUCCGGGUUGUCGGCCGUUUUGAAUCGGGAGUGUGAUGCUGUGUUGAGCCGCUGUGAAGAAACACAGUAGACGCCCACGAUGAAUAGAAGAAGAAGUGGGGAUAUAGUGGGAAUACAUUCAGUUCAAACAGAGCGGUGUGUUCUUCUGUAGUUUGCCGACAGGAAGUUGUCGACCGGCCACUGUUAGCUAGCCACCUGCUAACUGCCAUGUUGCCCGUUCAGACCGUCUGAUGAUAAUAAUAAUAACAAAAUAACAUUUUGGAUUGAUUUCAAAACACCAUGGCCGGGUUACGGUGUCGGAUAGCGGAUACUUUGGAGGUGAGCAAAGCGGAAGACGACGUCUGUCGUCUCGCCGAUUUAGAUGUCAAAGCAGAGGACGAGGAACAGCAGAAAGAUGAUGAUGAUGAUGAAAGCAAACAAGAGGAUUCGAGCAAGACCGAGUCGACCCUCCGGACGCCAAAGCCGUCUCCUCUGGGUGUCCUCCAGCGUCUGCUGAGGGUCUUCUUUGGAUGCCUGGCGUCGGUGGCGUGCGGCAUGCUGUACGCCGCCUACCUGUCGGCCUUCCACGAAAGGAGGUUCUGGUUCUCUGCGAGACAGGAGCUGGAGCGUGAAAUCACCUUCCCAGGAGGCAGCGGCCUUUACUACUACUACUACAAGCACAUGCUGGCGGCGCCAUCUUUUCAGCGAGGAUUCUACGAGUUGAUGACGGACGACAGCACUCUUGCGGGACAAACCAUCAACGCCGUGGAGCGUCUAUCUCUGUACCCUGAAAUGAUGGUGAGCUACAUUUACAGGAUCUCAGGCAGCCAGGAUUUGGUGGAGCCCAUCUACUUCUACGUGGGGGCCGUGCUUGGCCUCCAGGCGCUAUACGCCACGGCGCUCUUUGUGUGCAGCUGGGUGAUGAGCGGCACGUGGGUGGCCGGCGUGUUGGCCGUGGCCUGGUGUGUCAUCAGCAGACCUGACGCCACCAGAGUGGACCAGGCGGUUCCUCUGCGGGAACACUGGGCUCUGCCGUACUACUCCUGUCAGGUGGCGGCACUGACUGGCUUCCUGUGUAACAACAUCAGCUCCACCGUUGAGAUGUUGUGCUACCUGACCAUGAGCACCACCACCUUCUCCUUCCUGUUGGUGUGGGAGCAUAGCCACCACCUGCUCUUCAUCCAAGCCUUCUGUCUUUUCCUGCUCGACUCCUUUGACCUGGUGCCGACUCGCAAGAUGUCUGACAUUCACAAAGUUUACGUCAGCUCCCUGCUGCUGGCCUACUUCUUUCAGUUUCACAACACCGCCUUGCUCGCCUCGCCUCUGCUCAGCCUCCUGAUUGGCUCCGUGCUCGCCAAGUACCUCCAGCAAAAAAUGAAGAAGGGCCCUCUAGUGGCCAGAGUGAUGAAGCUCUUCCUCCAUUUCCACCUGGUCUUCACCACAGGCAUCACCUUCAAUUAUUUGGUCAAGAAAGUAUUGCCUGGAAGUGACAGCGAAGUCAUAUUGAAGUUCCUGGAAGUGAAAUUCAGGCUCAACACGACAACCGACUUUGUGACAAACCUGCUCCUGUGCCAAGAAAGUCUCCAAUCUCCCAGCCAGGAUUUGUUUCUGCGCCUGACGCAGGCCUCCGUCCUUCCGUUCUACCUGCUGGUACUGACCGUAUGCCUGCUGUCCACACUGGAGACCGUUUACAGAAGACUCAGCGGUCAGACGACACAAAGCGACCCUAAGCUGGAAGACGUGCACGUUGGAGAGCGCCCAGAGGUGGUCUACCAUGUUUUCCAGGCCUUCCUGUUUGGAGGCCUGACCAUGCUGUUCGACGGAGUGAAGUACGUGUGGACGCCGUACAUCUGCAUGUUCACCGCAUUCGGCGUGUGUUCUCCUGACCUCUGGAUGACCGUCUUCAGGUGGCUCAAGGUCAAGUCUAUCCACCCCGUCGUGCUGUCGUUAAUCCUGAGCACGGCCGUUCCCACCAUCAUCGGCUUCAGCUUGUGGAGAGAGUACUGCCCCCGCCUCCUGGCCGAGUUAUCAGAGCUGCAGGAGUUUUAUGAUCCAGAUACUGCAGAGAUGAUCAGCUGGAUCAGGACUCAGGUUCCCAUGGCUGCGGUGUUUGCAGGCAGCCCUCAGCUGCUGGGAGCGGUCAAGCUGGGUUCUGGUUCGGCCGUGACCAGCUUACCGCUACACUGGGACAUGGACCUACUGAGGAGGAGCGAGGACACCUACCAGGUGUACUCCAUGAGAUCCGCAGAGGAGGUUUACAAGAUCCUUACCUCGCACAAGACGAACUACGUGAUCAUCGAGGAGUCCCUUUGUAACGAGCUCAGUCGAAACAAGGGCUGCCGCAUCAAAGACCUGCUUGACGUCUCCAAUGGACAUGUGAGUCCGCACCUACGCCGAUGUGAUAUCAACAGUAGAACUGUCCUCUUAUGUCUCUCCUUCCAGGUGGUCUACGACAAAGGGGAGACGUACGCCUUCUCCAAGCACCGACGCUUCUGCCAUGAGAUCAAGAUGAACAAGUCACCCUACAGCAACUACUUCACACGGGUCUUCUGGAACCGCUCGUACCACGUCUACAAAGUCAACUCUGUCAUCUCCUUCCAGUACUGACAGGAGGACCUUCCUGGACCUUGUAUGGACCUCAUGCGGUGGAAUCCAGUCUUGGAUUUAUUGCUCUGCCAGAGAAUACGUAGCGGCGGCGGCAGGGGGAUCAGUGGUGCCAACUUGUAUUUGCUUGUGUACAUUGCUACGGUUGGGAGGCUGUGAAAUGAAAGAGGGAGUGUUGCUGCUUCUCACAGCCGGCUCUGUCUUCUUUGUGACGUUCAGAAAAAAGAAUCCCCUUCUGAUUUCUUGAAAAUGUGUCAUGGGCGGUUAUGCAAAUUCGAUGGCUGCUUAUACCAUGACCACAAAUAGAUUACAGUCCUGUGGGAUUGGCAUGACUUCUGCUGCUGGUCUGCCCAAACACGUUAGCAACAAUGUGGUCAUGAUGUCGCUCAUAAGAAGCUUCAAAUAUGCCGCACAUUGAAAACUAGAAGAAUCCUUGAUUUUUCGGUAUGGUACCACCCUGCCAAGCUGUGCCGCCUUCUGUCGCUUCUAUUGUUGUUUCUCUUUGCCUUCUCUUUGCCGCCUGUCUCUGCAAGACGGCAGCCCACCAGCUGGGUUCCCUUAGCCGUGCCUCAGUAAAGCAGGGCUUCCCUUUGAGUCUGUUGUUGACGUUUUACCUUGAGAAGGCAUCUCUUGCUCCCUAUGCCUUACUUAUACGCGACUACACUGGCGGUGGAGCCCAACCCAGCACAUCGCCUCCUUUUUGACUUCCUGCGUGGAUGUCUUUGUAACCUCAGACCAGGUGGAACCAUAAGAGCCCUCAUUAAGUUUAGCCCCCCCAACUGCUGUUUCACAUUAAAAGCCGGGUAUUUCAAAACUCGCAGUGGCGUGUUUUCAAUUAUCCAAAUAAACUAAAUGUUGACGAUUUUAAAAUGUUAUUCAAAUAUUUUUUCAUUUGCUCAUCGUGUAAUUUUAUUUGAGCGUAUGUUUUACUUGGGUAUACAUCGCAUAUUACAAUUUCACAUGUCCAAAAGGAGUCGGAAGAAAAACAGACUUCGUCGCACUCCAUCACUUCCACAAAUGAUGAUAAACGGUCUAUCAUUAGCUGACCAAUGAGUUUAUCAGAUCAUGUCCAACAGCGCAUCAACCCAGGGAUCAUAUUCAUAUACAUAUAUAGACACAAUCUUACAAAUACGUACGGUGUCUCUUUCUCUCCCUCCACCCCCAAAAGUAAAAAAAAAAACAUUUUAAGACGAAGUAACAUCUAUCCAUCCAAAGAGCUAUUGAGACUUGGAUUCCACAUCGAGGACAAUAUUAGUGUUAGGGUUCGGGUACAUUUCGUUGUAGGUAUAUACCCAACCUGUUCCAAUGUCGCUGAACCUUACUUUUAUAUCCCUUGUCUUUUUUGUGUUGUUUUAUUUGGUAAUUAUGUACUUAUAUUUUAAUUAGUUUAGCUUAGAGGGCUGUUUCUAUGUUAAUAUGGUCUGUACUUGAUUGCACUGUAUUGUAAUGCCAUU